AUGAAUGCUCCCACUCUUGGUAGCGACAAGGCUCUUUCCGGAUGUUGGUAUGGGACUACACAAAGAAACCUAAAUCCAGUCUUAUUCAAAAUGGAUCCUUUGUUAGUAUCGUCUGGAAUUUACUGGGCAACUUUUGUUCCACUGCAGGGAUGCUUUUCCCUUGUCUUUGUGGUACCAAAAUGUGACAACAUUUCCAAUCAGUCCCAUCCUGGUCUUGAAGCAUUUUGGGAUUGGAAAGAAAGAUUGGACAAGGGUAAAAAGAUGGUACUGAAUCAAAUGCUAUUAUUGUUUGAGAAUGUGGCAAAACGGGAAUUGAAUAUUCCGGAUGUUGACCUUCUACACUUUUGGUGCACCCCAGGUGAAGCAUACACAUUUCCAUGUCAAGAAUGGAAACGUUGCACCAUCAUUGAAAAUGAUAAAGCAUCUCAAGAAGACAUGAUGUUGCAUCCAAUUGCCAAAAGCUCAAGUGGCGCCGAUGAUGGCAAUGCUGGUGAUGAUGGUGAUGAUGAUAAUGCAGUAGUCUCAAAUGAUGAUGAUGAGCAUGGGUGUUAG